CAUCCGCAUCUGCAUCCGCGAUGUCGAAAUUUUUGCAUCCGCAACAACCUUACUUUUAAGUUGCUAAAGUUAGUAAAAAACGCACACCCGUGUAAGUUAUUUGUCGCUUCAUUAUCCUAGCCUGCAAUAAAAUCGACUGUCUGCAUCAUGCAUACGAACUUUCUAAGAAAUUCGUUCUUUUGUUUACAAAUUGGGGUUGCUCCACGUGUAGCUGGUGACAGCCAUGACUAAUAAGUAGGAACAGGGAGCCAUAGAUUAUCUAUAGGUAUGUUUAUACCUACGUUAUAAUUUUAUCAGUAGCUCACCAACUGUAAACAUGGCUAGUAAAAGAAAGUCACUGUGUAUUAAUGAAAAAGUUUUACUGAUACGCGCAAUAGAAACGGGAGAGAAGAUAAGUGAUGUUGCCAAACGAUUUGGAUUUAGUUGCUCUACCGUGUCCACAAUAUGGAAAAACAAAGAAAAAAUUCUUCAAGCUAAAGCCGAAGGGAAAUCUUCCAAAAAAUUAAAGAAACCUAAAUACGAGAAUUUGGAUCAAGCUUUAAUAUCAUGGUUUCACCGACAACUUCUAAAUGAUAUGCCUAUCUCUGGGCCGAUCGUAAAAGCUAAGGCAGAGAAUUUUGCUAAAGAACAUGGUUUAACUUCUUUCAAAGCAUCAGAGGGAUGGCUCGAAAAAUUUAAGCAACGUCAUCAUAUCAAAUAUGGUAAACUAGAAAGAAAAGGAGAAAAUCGACGGACAACUUUGAAGGAAACCAACUCGGGAACUGAAGAUGAAGAAUCAAUUGUAUUGGAUCCUGAUAGCGAGCUGUGGGGUUUCUUUGACAAGGAACCUCAUAACAGGGCCAAAUGCUCCAUGUGUGAUAUACGGCUUAGGCGGGAUGCAGAUACACUGUACAAACAUCUGAAAGAAAAACAUUCUAAAAUCGCCGAGAAUCUGGAGUACAAAGACAAUGAAGAAAAUUUUACAGAAGUAAUCUACCUUGAAGAACCAUUAGAGGCGGUAAAGGAGGAUCAGGAUAAAGUUUUGUUUGAAGUGCAACCCCAGGCCAAGAAAACUUUUAAGAGACGCUACAGCACAAGAGAUGACGUAAAAUACAAUGAACCGAUUAAAAGCCAAUGUAAGGAUGAUGUGGAAAUUGAAAAUUUUGGAAAAUAUAUCACAGGAUUACUCAAAGGUGUACCUAGGGCAGCCUGUUCAAAAUUACAAAUGGAAAUUGUGACGAUGAUUAUGAGUACUAAAAUUAAUUUACAAACAACACCAGAUAUAGACAGCGAAGUGGGUGAAAGAAGUAAAGAAAGUGAUCCACCGGAUAUAGGUCAAGAGAAUCAGGAAAAUCAAGAUAAGUUAGACACAACAACCUCCAGCGAAUUCGGAACAAAUCAAGAGACGCGAACCCCCAAACGACCCAAGCGACGAAUCAGCUACCGCGAAGAAUACUCCUACAAGAUCAACCUAACGGAGAACGAAGAGCGGGAAAUCGAAAAUUUCGGAACAUACGUCACAUGCUUACUCAAAACGGUCCCACAGAAUAAAAUUAGCGCGAAACUUCAAAUGAACAUUGUCAAUCUUAUUAUGACAGCUCGGUUACAGGCUCUACAGAAAAAUGCACAAAAUGUUUUGACAAUUAACGGAACCAUAGAGUUAGAUACUACAAAUGUAGAUGAUAAUCAAGUUAUGUGUAUGGAGAGUUAGAGAAUAUAUUUUUAAGGGAAUAAAUUUUAUUUCAUAA